AUAGCACUAAACCACAAACAAUCCAUUAUUUAGCAUGCUGCAUGAAUGCCAUUAUAUUAGAUAAAAUCCUAAGGCAAAAACAGGUUUAAUACUAUAGCUCAGAUCAAAGCCUGGCUCUUCCUCCUUGUGCCCUAAAGCAAUCCUCUCACAAGUAUGAAGAAGGAGAGAAAGCCCUGGCGAAGGCUAAGAAGGUGGAAUCUGAACAUCAGGCCAGACUCCAGACUCUGCAGCAACAAAUGGAAUGGCUCAGACAGCAGGAGGAACAUUUGCAUCAGGAGCGACUCAGUUUGUCACACCAGAGGAGGCAGCUUGAACAGCUACGGAUGGAACUUCCAAGCAACCCACUGGUAUUUCAGAACAUGCCUCAGGUGCCGUUAUCGGGAACUCCUGACAAAUUAAUUUCCAAUGUGCAUUUCAACCCUGGAAACAUCAGAGCUUCUCAAGGACUUCCAAGACCAGAUCCAGCAGAUUUAUGUGCCAAAUUGGUGUUGCAUAAAAUUACAGCUGAACGGGAUCAUGAUUUCUUGGAAGAAGAGCAGUUCUUUUUAGAAACCUUGAAGAGAACUUCCUAUAAGACUUCCUUCCAAUCAGCAUGAGAGAGGAUGAGUCCUAAAGAUAGCUGUGCCAAGAUUCACAUUUCCUCCAAAUAAAAAAAAUGAUGUCAUCACUUUGAAUGGUUAACAUGAAAUCCAGCACAUAAAUAAGAAGUUACAUUUUGUAAAAUAAAUAUUUUUAAAUGUUUCCUUA